AUGGCCACAGUAGAGCCGACUUGUGCUUUCCGAUGGGUCACUGAGCGAUAUAUCUCCAACACAGAAACCCGAUUCAUCAUAAAAUGGUCGUGCUUGGGUCAGCUCGUUCGAGUUUUGGGAUCGAAUCGAAAAGGCGAGUCCCCGGCCAAGUCUUCGCGGUUCUGGUGGCUUGAGAAAUCUUUCGGCAGGUUGGAUAUCGCAUGCACCGGCCGGAGCGAGGUCGACACCGACGCCGGACUCGACAGAGGAAGAGACGUCAUCAUGUCCGGCACUGGGGUUUCGAGCAGCUCAAACGCCCUGACUGGUCGGGCCUGGACCUUUCGUUCGUCGCGCUUUGAUCGCCGGUCCUCAACGAAGCUGAUGGGUCCUUCGUAA